ACCCCACGGGCAGCGCCUGGAGAUGGAGCCCGGCGAGGGCCCGGAGGAGACCCCGCUGCCUCUGGCGCUGAGCAGGUUCCAGCUCUCCGAGGAGUUCGGCUUCCUUCUUCCCGACCCUCUGGUAGGAGACGGCUGUGCCACCGCGGCUGCGCCCCACAAGAGACCGGGAACAGAAAAAUAGAGGGACAGAGCUGCCGGCGCCCUACGGGCCCUGGAUGGAGAUCGCCCACGACCUGCCCCAGCUCAUCGCCGACCGUCGGCUCCGCUCGCGGGUUCACCAGAUGCCGCAGCUGAGCACCGGGCACCUCCGCGGGCGCGAGGAGCUGCACUUGGCACAUCUGGUGCUCAGCUUCAUCACCAUGGGCUACAUCUGGCAGGAGGGCGAGGAGGGCACCGUGAAGGUCCUUCCCCGAAACCUCGCCAUCCCCUUCUGGGAGGUCUCACAGACCCUCGGGCUCCCCCCCAUCCUCAGCCACGCGGACUUUGUGUUGGCCAACUGGAGGAGGAAGAAUCCCAACGGGCCUCUGGAAAUCGAGAACCUGGACACCAUCAUCUCGCUGCCCGGGGGAGAGAGCCUGCGUGGCUUCAUCCUCAUCACCUUCCUGGUGGAGAAGGCGGCUGUGCCUGGCAUUAAGGCCGUCAUUAAGGCCGUUGGUGCCAUCCUGCAGCAGGACGAGGAGACCCUGCUCCAAGCCCUGCGGGAGCUGGCGGAGGCCAUCGGGGACAUGAGCACGGCUCUGAGGCGGAUGCACGAUUACGUGGAUCCAGCAGUAUUUUACGCCGUGAUCCGGAUCUUUCUCUCCGGCUGGAAGGACAACCCGGCCAUGCCGCAGGGGCUGGUGUACGAGGGGGUCUCCGAGGAGCCCAUGGCGUUCUCGGGAGGGAGCGCGGCGCAGAGCACCGUCCUCCACGCGUUCGACGAGCUCCUGGGCAUUCGGCACAGCAAGGACAGCACCGCCUUCCUGCACAGGAUGAGGGACUACAUGCCCCCACCCCACAGAGCCUUUGUGGAGGAGAUCGGCCGUGCCCCCUCCCUCAAGCAGCACCUUCUCUCCUCGGGCGACGCGCGGCUCCGUGCGGCCUUCAACCAGUGCGUGUCUGCGCUGGCAGAACUCAGGUCCUACCACAUCACCAUCGUCACCAAGUACAUCAGCGUCGCGGCAGCCAAAGCCAAGGCCGGGCGGGCAGAGCCGAGCCACGGGGCCGGUCCCUCCGCGGGGAAGCCCCCGACUGCGCUGGAGACCAAAGGCACCGGCGGGUCCCACAUCUUCACCUUCCUGAAGAGCGUCAGGGACACCACCAGGGAAGGGAUGAUAAGUGCCUGACUUGCCCUGAGACACUGCUCGAAGCAGGCGGCCAGGCUGCUCCGGUGUGGACUUGGGGCACACAAGCCAAAAAUCUGACCACAGCGACCUUCACCCAAAACCUCCUCUCAGCAGCCCCCGUCCCGCUCGCGCACACCU